CACUGCGUUUAUCUAUUGCAUCUCUCACUGUGGUCUUUUUGGCCUCUGUGUUUAUGGGCUGUGUCUUAGUGAAAUAGGAGCUUAAGCACAUAUGGAAGAAAAGAAAUUUAGACCAGUUGUUCAAGAAAUGAAGUUCCUUAUCCUCCUCCUGGCCACUCUUCCAGAUACAAGCCACUCCAUAACUGGUUGGGAAGGACGAUCAGUCAGUGUCCAGUGUGACUAUGAUAAGUACUACAAAGACUAUGAGAAGUACUGGUGCAAGGGGAAGUAUUGGAGCAGCUGUAUUAUCCAGAGAAAUGAAGAUAAAGUAUCAAUUAGUGAUAAUAAAACCCAGGGAGUACUCACUGUGACUGUGAGGAGGCUGGAGAAGGGGGAUGAAGGCCAGUACUGGUGUGGUAUAAAAAAAACCUUGUACGAUAUAAACAUUCCUGUUUACCUCAAAGUUGCUGAUGUGCCUAUUACUACCACAGUCCCAGUCCCAACAUCAACUGAGAUGUCAGCUGCCACUGAAACAACCCCUGACACAAACAGAAGAUUCACAACUUUUAUAAUCUGGAUGACUGGUGGAGGUCUUUUCAUCAUGUUGGUAUCUGCAGUCAUGUGUACAGCAAUCGUUCUUACUAACAGCAGUGGAAGAAGCAAAGAGCCCCCAAGAUUGGAGAGUGACAACAACAAAGGCCCUGUGACCAACUCAGAGGAACUCAGUGGAGAAAAUCCAUACGUGGUGAUGUCAUCUGCCACAGGACAACUUGACAAUAACUCAGAGAAACUCAAAGGAGAAAAUCCAUACGUGGUGAUGUCAUCUGCCAAAGGACAACUUGACAAUACUGUAUGGGAUCUCAAGGGGGACAAUACCUACAUAAAUAUGUUCUUUAAGAAGAAUAAGCAGCCAGGAAACCAGAAUGGAAUGUAAUGCAUUAAAUAAUGUACUUGGGCUGAGCAAUGAAAACACAGCAACGUGGGAAUAAUGUACACCCCAAUGUGCAUAGGUGUUAAAUUCUAUCGAGGACUUCUGGUGACAUGAAUCACAUGAGCACUAGCUCUCACCAGAAACCUGAGGUUCUAUUGUAGGUGACUUUGCAGCAGUUGAGGUUAACCUCUAGUCUCUGUAAGUCUCUCUGGAUUAAAACUUGUGCUAAAUGACUAAUUAGUUAAUAAUAAUAAAAUAAAAUAAAUAUAUUGAUUGUAAGACUAUCCCCUGGUGUCAUAAAAUUGUCACUGUUCUAUUGUGGUUAUAAAUAAACUUUGUAAAGUCACAUAUGAUUUUUUGUGGUGGUUUUCCUUGAUUCUGUCUCUUUGCCGAUACAAGUAACGUGAUAGUCUUAGAAAUUAUUUAUGUAUGUAGUUUC